UGGUGACUCAUUGUAGGAGUCUCAGACUAUGACCAAGAGGAAGAGUAUUUAUAGAGUGGUGUGGUACCAACUCGCCAAAGCGUUUUACAGGAACCUGAAAAGAUGGCGCUCUCUGGCUGGGUGUGCGUGGUGACUGGUGCUUCUCGAGGGAUUGGAAGAGGCAUUGCAUUACAGCUGUCUGAAGCGGGGGCUACUGUCUAUAUCACUGGCAGACAGAUGAAGACCCUACAGCAGACCGCAGCUGAGGUGAACGAGAGAGGUGGCCAAUGUCUGCCGGUGAUCUGUGACUCAACAAAAGAUGAAGACGUAAAGGGGCUGUUUGAAAGAGUUCAGCGUGAGCAAAAUGGAAGACUGGACAUCCUUGUGAACAACGCGUAUUCUGGUGUGCAGGCCAUUUUUGACAACAUGGAAAAUAACUUCUGGGAGAUAGAGCCUACUAUUUGGGAUGACACCAACAAUACUGGCCUCAGAGGACACUAUUUCUGCUGUGUGUAUGCCGCCCGUUUGAUGGUUGCACAAGGAAAGGGCCUAAUAGUUACCAUAUCAUCCAUGGGAGGCUUACGGUAUCUCUUCAACGUGCCCUAUGGGGUUGGCAAAGCCGCGUGUGACAGACUAGCUGCAGAUACUGCAGUAGAGCUGAAGAGCAGAGGAGUGGUGUCUGUAAGCCUCUGGCCAGGGGCCGUACAGACCGAGCUAGUUUCCCAGCACAUAAUUGAGAAAGAAAAGCCUCCAGGCUUUGACCAAAAGCUGAAGGAUGUGUACAUUACUGGUGAGACAACAGAGCUGAGUGGAAAAUGCAUUGUUGAACUUGCCAAAGACAAAAACCUGAUGUCACUGACCGGGAAAGUGCUGUUGACGUGUGAUCUUGUGAGGCGCUAUGGAUUAAGAGAUGUCGAUGGUCGCAGAGUAGUGGAUUAUACCUCUUUGAAAUUCCUUCUCAGUCAGUCUCCUUACAUGUCCUGGCUCUCCAUAAUCACUCCAUCAUUUAUCAGAGUGCCACGAUGCAUAUUCAGCUUGGCCAUCAGCAAAUUCUGACCUACACAUCCUUCCAGACCCAUAGCGCUGAGUUGUCUUCUCACAGUGGAGAGAUG